AUGAGAGGCAGCAAGAAGAAGAGAUUUGACAAAGUAGUAAUGGCCGCACCUGAUCUUUUAGAUCCCAAAUCAGCCACACACAACACCAAACCACGGCUGUCGUUUUCCUCCAAACCCAUCGUCUUUAACUCGGGGGAUGACUGUGACACCAUCACCACCGUAAUGAAGUGGAAAACGGUACUGUUGAUCUUCCUGCUGGUAGUUCUGUACCUGAUCAUUGGAGCCACCGUGUUCAAAGCCCUGGAACAGCCCCAGGAGAGCUUGCAGAAGUACCUCAUCGUGAAGGAGAAAAUAAACUUCCUCUCCAGGCACGCCUGUGUCAACAACUCUGAGCUGGAGGAUCUGGUGAAGCAAGUGGUGGCUGCCAUUCGUGCGGGGGUCAAUCCUUCAGGUCACCCCUCCAAUGAGACCAGCAUGUGGGACUUCAGUAGCUCCUUCUUCUUUGCAGGGACUGUCAUUACCACCAUAGGGUUUGGAAACAUCUCUCCACACACGGAGGGAGGCAGGAUCUUCUGCAUUAUCUACGCUCUGCUGGGGAUUCCUCUCUUUGGUUUUCUCUUGGCUGGAGUGGGUGAUCAGCUGGGAACCAUAUUUGGCAAAGGAAUUGCAAAAGUGGAAAAGAUGUUUGUGAAAUGGAAUGUGAGCCAAACCAAAAUCCGUGUGACAUCCACAGUACUGUUCAUCCUGUUUGGGUGCCUGUUGUUUGUGGCCAUUCCCGCUCUCAUCUUCCAGCAUAUCGAGGGCUGGAGUACUCUGGAAUCCAUCUACUUUGUUGUCAUUACAUUAACCACUAUUGGAUUUGGAGACUUUGUGGCAGGAGGAUCUGAGGUUGAAUAUCUGGACUAUUAUAAGCCUUUAGUGUGGUUCUGGAUCCUGGUAGGUCUAGCCUACUUUGCAGCAGUUCUCAGCAUGAUCGGAGACUGGCUUCGGGUCAUUUCCAAGAAGACCAAAGAAGAGGUUGGAGAGUUCCGUGCGCACGCUGCAGAAUGGACAGCUAACGUGUCGGCGGAGUUUAAAGAAACGCGGCGCCGACUGAGUGUGGAAAUUUAUGACAAGUUUCAGAGGGCAACAUACAUCAAGCGCAAACUGUCCUCUGAGCUCGGACAAAACCCGGGUCAGGACUUGAUGUCAUGCAAGAGGACCCUAUCUGUUAACUUCACAGAUGAACUCGAAAAAGAACCGCCUGCCUUAACCAAAAAUGGCAGUCUGUACCUGAAUGGACUUACUCCGGAUUUCACUGACUGCGGGGAGAUUUCCAUUAUUGAGCGUCUUAAAUAAGGCUCAGUGAAAAACUGAAGAUUUAUAUCAAUAAGUUUACUUGUAUCAAGAAGUUGUAUCAAAUCUUUUUGGGAUGUAUAUGAAUGUGCUGUCACUUUUAUCAAUGUAGUGGAAUCAUUGGGAGGGAACAUUUAUGUGAAAUUAAUCUGUCUGCAUUUUGUAGGGAUUAAGAUGAUAUUUGAUAAAGUCUGUAUUCUUUAGCAAAACAGGUAAGGAGCUUUUAAUAUACGGUGAAUCAUAUUUGUGCCUUAAAUAUCAUGAAGAAUGGGACCUUGCUAGCAGCUGUUACAUGUUGAGUGAUACAAAGAAAUGAAAUUGAGGCUAGUUUUUCGGAGAAUGGACCACCUGAAUUUGUUCAUCGUGUCCAAACACUGAGGAAUUUAAUUGCUUUUUGGAUGUAUAUCUCGAACACAGCAUGUGCGAGCGUCUGUUCAGCAUCUCUUACAGGGUAUCAAGCAGGAAAGGGUGACUGUUUAUGAUAUUGACACAGCUGUUCUCCUGUGACUCACAAGCUUAGUUUUUUAUUAUGCAUUAGCACGUUAUUUUUUAAUCUACACUGUAAAU